AUGAAGACCUGGAUCGACGAGACAUCUGUCGCUACGGAGGAUACGAACAUGAUUGCCUCAAGCCUGCUCACGCCGGCUAUAACACCUAGCGAGCGAAGCUAUCCCGACGGCCUUGGGUCAGAUGGUUCUGAUAUCUCGGCCUCGGAAUCCCCGACUACUGGAAAUUCGGAACCUGAGACUUCGGCCUCAGGUCGUGUAAAUUCCAGCUUGUAUCGGGCAUGCAUCAACUCCCCUGAUCGGCGACAACCGCCUGUUUCACACCGAGGACGAAAUCGAAAUGUCAACCUUAAACUCUGUUUCUUGAGUUUUCUGCCCAUGGUCGCAUUCCUUGCUGUCGCAGCAAUUGGCUGGUGGAUGGGGUCGUGGGAGAAACCACCUGCACCGCCCAGACUCAACCCGAUCGACGAAUUUUUGGCAUCUCAAGACGACUGGAUCGCCACCAAUGAAAUAUUCACGGAGUACGACUAUCUGCCGCAGAAGAUCAAAAGUGGCGAGACAGCGAUGACGGAUUUGAUGAUCGCUGUGAAGUACUCGGACCUCCCUGGACGCCACCGUCUGGCGAGGGAAAUGCAAGAGUUUUCGGCCACUGCUGAGAAGGUCGUUGACAAUUUGAUUGACUGGAAUAGUCUGGCUGGAGCUACAGUGGACAGAAUCCAAAAUAUGAACUACCAUGCUCUAUUGGGAUAUCAGAGUUUGCAGAGGAUGGCUUCAUGGACUGUCAUUCCGGCUCCUGCUGCUGGAGAUGUUGGAUUAAUUCCCACCUUGCAGCACUUCGGUCACCUUAUUUCAGUUUCCAUGGUUGGAGACAAGGAACAGGUGGCGAGACAAUUGCACCAGCUGUUCAUUCAAGAAGCCGCCAAGGCUGGCAGCCAGCUGAAUCACCUCAAGAUCCAGGGGAUUGCUCUAGCCAGCGACUUCCGCAAAAUUGCCUACCACCUACAGAAUAUUGCAGAGAUUUCGCGGUCUGAGGAAGCCCAACUAAAGGCCGAAGUGAGAGAGCUACUGUCUGGCAUUUGGGGUUGGCUCGGAUUCAACGACUACGCAGCCAAAGAUUUGAGUACCCAGGCAAUGGUGCUCCAUACCAUGGCCGAUGGAAUGAUGGAGGGCCACAAGAUGAUCAACAACGCCAUGAUUAAAAUUAGGAAAUUGGACAAGGAUUUUGGGAGGUUAUACACAGCACUCGCGGAAAGUAAAUGGGAGAAGGCUAACGCGAUGCCACUGCGCUUGGACACGAUCCAAUCUGCGGUGAACAGGUUGGAUAGUGUGAGGAAGUCUUCUAGAGCCAGGCUUCAGUCGCAAAAUUAUGACAACCAACGAAAUGGAAUAGGAGGUACAAGGUAG